AAACAAAGCAAUUAGAAUUAGCGCCUAGCGUUUCUUUUAUUAGUUGCACUUUGCUUAUAGCUAUGGCCACAUUGCCAGGAGGUGGCACCGAGCCCAGCUCGCCAGUGCAAAAGGUGUGGAAGCCCGAGUUGUAUAAAAUACAAUUGGAGGCACCAACGCCACAUCCGGUACGUUGCCAACGCGCAUUAACAACUGCAGAGACAGACGCAGCGACAACAGAGGCAGUGCGUCUGUACGGCAGCGAGUAUCAUGGCAAAAUGGGACAUCUGGAAGCCGAACAGCUGUUGGCCAGCUGCGCCGACGGUAGCUAUCUGGUGCGGCACAGCCCCAAGGCAGAGGGCUACGACACGCUGAGCGUGCGCUUCAACAAUCGCACCAAGCAUUACAAGGUCUACUACAAGCAGGGCCAUGGCCACUACUUGCAUUCCAAGGACAAGCACUACGAGACGGUGCACGAUAUGGUGGCCGAUGGCCUGAUCAACUUCCACAUGCAGCUGCAUGCCAGCCCCAUUAUACAGCAGAUCAAUCAGCAGACGCAGCACUGUUAUCAGCAGAGCCCCUAUAUGACAUUGAAUCGCCGUAAGCUGCGUGCGCUGUCCAAUGAGAGCAAGGCAUUGAUUUCACUGGACGAUGGCGAGCCAUUGACUGCUGCGCCAGUGGAUCAGACUGAUGCGCAAGCAGCUGCAGUUAAGGAUGAGGACACGCCCACGCUAAGCAAGCAGCCGCUGCAGACGGCGCUUUCUGUGGAUCCCAUGUCCGUUGUGUAUGAGAAGCCGCACAAUUUCAAGGUGCACAACUUCAAGGGACUGAACUGGUGUGAGUUCUGCGCCAAUUUCUUGUGGGGAUUCACUGCGCAGGGCGUCAAGUGCGAUGCCUGCGGCUUUAUGGCGCACAACAAGUGCUCGGAGCUGGUGCCGGCCAAGUGUGUGCCCGAUCUGAAGCUUAUACGCGGCGUCUUCGGCACCGAUCUGACGACCAUGGUGCAGCUGCACAAGUGCAGCAUACCCUUUGUGGUGCGACGCUGUGUGGAGGAGGUGGAGGCACGUGGCAUGCUCCAAGAGGGCAUCUAUCGCGUCUCGGGCUUUGCGGAUGAGAUUGAUGCGCUCAAGCUGGCGCUGGAUCGCGAUGGCGAAAAGACAGACAUGUCCGAAACGGCCUAUGGCAAUGUCAACGUCAUAGCGGGCACACUCAAGCUCUAUCUGCGUCUGCUGCCCGUGCCGCUGAUCACGUUCCAGGCGUACCCGAGCUUUAUGGCCGCAGGUCGUAGCGCCAAGCAGGCGGAACAGCUGCAGCUCAUGGCGGAGGCAGUGCGUCGCCUGCCCCCCGCGCACUUUAACUGUCUGCAGUACAUGCUGGUGCAUCUCAAGCGCGUUGCUUCGCACUAUGCCGUCAAUAAGAUGAACGAGCAUAAUCUGGCAACUGUGUUUGCGCCUACGCUGAUUGCCACGCCACAGCAUCUGACCAAUCUCACCGAGGAGAUCUUCAUGCUCUCCUCACUGAUCACAAACUGCGAGAGCAUCUUUGCAACCAAUGCAAGCAACUGAAUCUUUCUCUGUCUCGCUCUAAACCAUGCGGUCGCUCUCGCUCUCGCUCUCCUUAAUUAGUUUUCCAUAAGCUUCAAAGUAGCGCAACUCGUGCAUUUAUUUAUUUAUUUAUAAGCUACGUUUUUGCCACAUCCUUGCACAUGGAUGUCAAUCACCAAAAAGCUAGACUUAAGUUUUACACACACACACACUUUUAUAUUUAUUUGUAUGUAUUAGAAACAAAUGGUCAAAGCCUUCCAAAAUUUAUUGAGAAACUGCAUGAAAUGUACGAAUUUAAAUCAAA